CUGAGAGAGAAGUAGUACAAAGUGCAAACCAGCUAAUGAGAGAGGGGGCGGAUUGAGAAUAAUAGAUCAUAAAGAAAGUUAGAAAGGGCCCUGUCUCAGGCGCAAAUCAAGGAGAGAACUGGCCAAUAUGAAAUCAAAGCUUUAAGUUAUAUAUAUAGCUAGCUCUAGCCUUCGCAACUGCUCCUCAUGAUUGCGCUAAUGGGAACCCCAAAAAGAAAAACCCUUUACUUCCAAUUUUCAUUCAAAACAUUUAAACCUUAAUAUUCACUCCCAUCUCAUCACCUCUCAUAAGCUUCCAUGGUUUGAUAAACAACUGGGAAAACCCAAACACCAUGAUCCCAGCAUGUUUUAGCCAACCUAGCAACUUGUCCGGUACCUCUCAAGUGCCUCAAAAUCUCAUCACCUGCAUUUACCAUACUCAGCUAUGGGACUCACCUACGUAUCUCACGCUUACAUGGUCCAAAACCCAUUUCUCCCAUUCCUUAACAGUCUAUGCUGCUGAUUCCUUUUCUAUUACCAUUUCCCUUUUUCCUUCCACCUUCUCCUUCUUCAGAAACCGACCAGGCUCCAAAUCUGUCUACUUGACUCACCACCAUCGUCAAAGAAUCAAGCUGUAUUGGGAUUUCACCAGGGCUGACUUUGCUGAAAACUCAGCUGAGCCUGAGUCUUCCUUCUACAUUGCCAUUUCAUGCAAUGGGAAGCUAGAAUUCAUCCUUGGUGAUCUCAUGGAUGAACUCGCCAAGAGGUGUUCUGGGUUGUCUAUGGCUCGACAGGUACUCCUUGAACCAACGCUCUUGUCUAGGAGAGAACAUGUUUUUGGGCAUAAGAGUUAUGUUUCGAGGGCUAAGUUCUUGGGGUCUAAACAUGAGAUAGGGAUAGAUUGUAAUGGAGGGGUUCUGAAGGUGAAAGUUGAUGGCCAAACAAGCCUUGUCAUAAAGCGAUUGGCUUGGAAAUUUAGAGGGAAUGAAAGGAUUUAUGUUAAUGGAAUCGAGGUGGAUUUUUUUUGGGAUGUUUUCAAUUGGGUCAAUAGUGAGAAUAAUAAUAAUAAUAAUAAUAAUAAUAAUACCAAUGGCCAUGGUGUGUUUAUUUUUCAAGUUGGUGAUGGUGGUGUGUGGCCUGAAAUGGUUGGACCGGAGAAAAGGUUGAUGAGGAAGAGUUUGUCAUCGUUGGCCGCCGGGGGGUCGUCUUCGGCGCCGAUGGCAUCUGCAAGUCUGUCGCCGUCUCCGUCGUGCUCGAGUGUGCUGCAAUGGGCGGAGGAGAGCAAUGAUGGUGGAAGAAGCUCAUGUUCUUCUUCUACUAGGUCAUGUGGGAGCAAUGGAGGAUUCUCUUUGUUGUUGUAUGCUUGGAAGAAGGAUUGAAUUCAUAGCUUUUUUGAAUUUCAAUGCCAAAAUGCUUAUUAUGUUAAAAUUUGUGAAAUAUUGUUUGAUUUUUAUUUGAGGAAAGUAUUUCAAUUUGGAAAUUAUUUUUUUUCUUCAUCAGUUGUGUUACAAUAUAAUAUAUAUAUUAUCAAUAAAUAACAUAUAUAUAUAUAUUCUUUAUGUUGUAAA